AGGAGCGCCGGAGUACGCAUCCCCGCUCCAGAUGGCGAUUUAAACGCAGACAGAAGGUUGCGGCGGGGAGAGAGGAGAGAGCCACACGAGUCACUGUUUUAAAGGCAAUCAAAAGGCCGGCGACAACUACGGAGAUCGGCGAGAAGUGCUACACAAACCGGCUGAUCGUUUAUGUUUUUUUCCUAAAGAAAUAACGGGAUUUGCGGAGGUUUAAAGCUGCUUGUUUACUGGGGAAUGUGCGACUGGCGUCGCCGAGCGAUCGGAGCGUCAGUCGGCAGGGAAGCAGAAGCGCUUCACCCGCAGACCGGGCGCUGGUGCGGCGUUAUCCUUUAACACCAGACCUUUAUUUUUGCGGAUGUAUAAAGGUUGAUUUUUUAUUGGGUUUUGACUGACGUGCUCAGCAGCAGACUAGGAAAGUAGCGAAGAACUGAUGUGGCACCGGCGAGAGGAUCUGUGCCAAAAUAAUUUGCAUAGUUUUACCUUUCUAUAAGUGUCACGGCCGUCUGUCAAGUGUUUCAACCGUGGAUUACCUGGCAAAAUAAAUAAAGCAUUAAACGCUGGCAUGAGCGAGUGACUUUCGUGAUGAGCGCUCGUUUUUUCCCAGUGUUAUUGUAUUUCAGAAUUUAAUCUACUGCUGAAAAUUGCGCGCUUUCUUUAUUUUUCGUCCUUUCUGGAGUUUGAGGCUGGAUUCGAAGAAGACCGAAAAUGAGACAUAAAGGAGAAGGUCAAAUGUGAAACCGAAAAAAAAUCACAAAAAAUGUGUUGAUCCUAAAAACCAACAAAACUGUAUUUUUUAAUCAUCACAGAGGGAAGACAAAAACCAAAGACUGAUCUAUGUAAUAGACUCCGUCUCAGAGUUGUUGCAUUGUAGGACAAAAUAUCCUUCGAACUUAUAGCUGUGAAGUAAAUUACCUCAUAAUUUAUUUAAAUCGAAAAGUCAGCGCCGCUUUAAAUCCAAAGGAGUCAACUAUUUUUAUUGUGUAUUGGCCAGCGUGCGGAUUUUUUUUAAUAUUAUUUUUUAAUUCUACAAGAUUUAAGAUAAAAGAACACCUUUAAAUGGUGCUUAAUAAACCUGGAUGCUUUAUUUUUUACUAUUCUUCCAAAUAUUGAAGACUGGUGCGUUGUAAUCGCCAUUUCAUAAUUUUUAUGUGGAUUACCGUUGCUGCAAUUACCUCAAUUUGACCUCGACCUUGAGAAAGUAGCGCGGAACAGAAGGUUGGAACGAUGCCAGAUUCACCCGCCGAUGUCAAAACCCAGCCCAGAUUGACCCCACCCACCAUGCCACCGCCCCCUCCCGCGGUCAGCCAGGCGGCCAAUCGCAACGCGUCAUUCACGCCCACCACGAUGCUGAACGGGAGCGGCCACUCGCCCACAGCCCUCAACGGGGCACCCUCCACCCCCAACGGCUUCAGCAACGGGCCGGCCAUGUCAUCCACGGCCUCGCUGUCCACCCAGCAGCUGCCCCCUGCCUGCGGCGCCCGGCAGCUCUGCAAGCUGAAGCGCUUCCUCACCACGCUGCAGCAGUUCGGCAACGACAUCUCGCCUGAGAUCGGCGAGCGCGUCCGCAGCCUGGUGCUGGGCCUGGUGAAUUCCACCCUGACCAUCGAGGAAUUCCACGGAAAGCUCCAGGAAGCCACCAACUUUCCGCUGAGGCCCUUUGUCAUUCCCUUUCUGAAGGCCAACCUGCCCCUCCUGCAGAGGGAGCUGUUGCACUGUGCCCGCAUGGCCAAGCAGACGCCGGCGCAGUACCUGGCCCAGCACGAGCAGCUACUGCUGGACGCCAACGCCAGCUCACCCUUGGACUCCUCCGAGAUCCUGCUGGAGAUCAACGAGCACGGCAAGAGGAAGACCCCCGACAGGACCAAAGACAAUGGCGCAGACAGAGAGGGCCUCCACACAGAGCACCUAGCCAAGCGACCCUGCACGGUGAGCCCCAGCCAGCGGUACAGCCCCAGCGGCAGCCUCACCAGCCACCCGCCCCCCAAUGGCCUGACCCACCCCACGGCCAACGGCCUGGCCCCCCCCACGGCCCCCGGGCCGCAGCACUACCGGCUGGAGGACAUGGCCCUGGCACACCAUUACCGCGAUGCGUACCGGCACACCGAACACCGGGAGGCCCGCGAGCGGCACCGGCAGACGGCGGUGCACGGGGCCCGGCAGGAAGAAGUAAUUGAUCACCGGCUGACGGAUCGGGAGUGGGCGGAGGAGUGGAAGCAUCUCGACAAUCUGCUGAACUGCAUCAUGGACAUGGUGGAGAAGACACGGCGGUCGCUCACAGUGCUGCGGCGCUGCCAGGAGGCCGACCGCGAGGAGAUGAACCACUGGAUCCGGCGCUACAGUGACGUAGAGGAUAUGAAAAAAGGUGGGAGCUCCGCCCAGCGCCUCCCUCACCUUUCUCCUCCACCUCCUCACAACUCCAACACUCCUAACAGCAGCAAGCCACAGCCCCUAGAGAUCCAUCGGGACUUCCUGCACCGGCCGCCCUCUGGAUACCUGCCCGAGGAGAUCUGGAGGAAAGCAGGUGCUACAAGCUUGCCCCUUUCACCAGCACUAAAGCACCUCCAAAACAAGCAGGAGGAGGCGGUGAACGAGGUGAAGAGACAGGCCAUGCUAGAGCUGCAAAAGGCCGUGUCAGACGCUGAGCGCAAGGCCCACGAGAUGAUCUCCGCCGAAAGGUCCAAGAUGGAGCGGGCGCUGGUCGAGGCCAAGAGGCAGGCAUCUGAGGAUGCGCUGACCGUCAUUAACCAGCAGGAGGACUCCAGCGAGAGCUGCUGGAACUGCGGGCGCAAGGCCAGUGAGACAUGCAGCGGGUGCAACACGGCACGUUACUGCGGCUCCUUCUGCCAGCACCGGGACUGGGAGAAGCACCACCACGUCUGCGGGCAGGGGCUGCCGGGGGCAACAUCCUCAUCGUCCUCCACCUCCGGGGCACCCCCCACACACUCCGAAAGCAACCCCCCUGCGUCCCUCUCCCUGUCUGGCCCGGCUGCUGGUGCCGGGGGGGGCAGCAGCAGCACCACAGCCAGUCCAAAGGAAGCCAGUUCCAGCAGCGCUUCACGGUCCACAACCCCUGCCACUCCUGCCCUGCUGGACAGCGCCUCCCGCUGACGGCCCCCGCCGCAGUGAUCCCACUCCCACCACAACAGACUGAAGAAUCUCCUUUAAGAACUAUCAUCCCCUGAGCUGUAGCUAAUGGGCGCCACUUUUCAGCUACCUGAAGAUCUUCUUCUUGCCACCCCUAAAACCUUUGCUGUCUCUCGGUCAACCACACACACGCUUGUGCAGACACAAACACACACAUACUCAUGAUGACACAAGGUGUUUGCUUUACUGUGCGGUCAGGCCAGAUCUUAUUUCACCCACAGCCACACCAAUAAACAUGAACACCCUCCACUGCCUUCCGACACACAGGUUCCAAGUAAAAAGUCCGGCAUCUUAUUGCCAGUUAAUAAUCAGACAGUUUAACAUCAGCACAGCACUUCAGCCAUCACAGCGACUCACAGUGAUUUUGUCUGGUUUGAGUAACGUAACCCCACUGUAUGUUGUGUAUACGGGGGGGGAGGGGGGGGUGGAGUAAACAAAUAUUUCACCUCAUUUAACAUGAGGGGGGUAAUGGUACACUGAUCUUCUGAAACAUGACAGUUGUGGGAUUUUACACCCCCCUCGCCCCCCGCAUGCACACAUACAGUGCUGGGCUCACCUCAAAGAGGGACUCUUCAACAAGAAAAGUGACGCUUUAUCUCACAUAAGAAUAACUUUAAAGGUUUGUUUUUGGCUUUAAACAAGAAUAAUAAAAGAAUAAUCCAAAAAUCCUGAAGGAAUGGAGAAAAUUAAAAAAAAAAAACCUGUUAACUACCUUGCUAGCGAGCCAAGAAAAUGUACACCGGACUCACCUCUCUGUACAGAUGUGAACCCAAAUGAAUUUUAAAAGAACACGAUCCAAACCUUUCUAUUUUUACUACACUGCCAAAGUUACUAAGAAACAAGGAGGAGCACUGAUCUCGUAACCAAACGCAAGCUACUUCAGCCUCUCUGCGGCAGGGUCGGCGCUGGGAGAGGAGCAGCAGCAGGAGCCGGGGCCCGGGGCCCGGGGCCUUGUGCAUCCAAACCGAACCGACAGCAACCCCGCUGUCACUCAGACACAUUUCCAUGGUGACGGGAAAAUCACUUCCGGAGUUUUUCCUGUCACACGAAAACAGCAACAAGCAGCAGCAGAACUGAUGAGAAAGUGAACAAGACAGUGACUUUACUUAUUUUUUUGAGCGGUGAUGGACUGGAAACCAAAAGAUGCUGGCCGGCUCCCAGUGAAGAUAGAACUGCUGAUCCUCACAGAACUGAACGGCACUGAAACAGACCUUGUCCCACAUGCAAACCCUCCAGAUUGGAAGCUUUUUGUCGCUCUCCAAAGACAUUUAAGGGGGUUUGACCUUUCCGCUUUUACUUUCUUUUUUCGAAAGCAUGCAGAGCACUGUUGAUUUCUCUCUUUCUCUACCUCCCCUAUGUGUACCUUCCUCCACACCCCAUGGCCCCUUUGGCUAAUCUCGGCCCACCUCAACAAAACACACAGUGUGUGUGUGUAUGUAUGUGUGUGUGUGUGUAUGUAUGUGUAUAUAUAUAUAUAUAUAUAUAUAUAUAUAUAUAUAUAUAUAUACAUAUAUAUAUAUAUAUAUAUAUAUAUAUAUGUAUGUAUCCAUGCAUAUAUACAUAUAUAUACUUUGUGAAUUGUGAAGGGGAUAAACCUUGUUUGUAGAUACUGGUUUUGUUUAUUUUUAAGAGGAAAAAAACGUCUUGUCUCUGAUGUUUGUUUGCAGACCACCCCCUGACAGGAAGAAUCCAGCGCUUUAAUGUUUUGGGGUUGAACUUUCUAACGUAAAGACAUUUGUCAGCAGAGUCUCCUUUGAAUCUGCAGCAGGCAGUAAAAAGUGAACCCAGAAUAUUCUAUAUUACUCGUAUUGUGAGACAGCAAGAAGUUAGAGGUGCAAUAUGAUAGCAGAAUUCAGCUACUGAAGGGAACCUCAGCAACUGCCCUUAGGGUGAUAUGUAGAAUAUAAAUAUACGUAAAUAUAUUUAAAACAAUAACAUUAACUUAAUGUGAAUGUAUAUAGUAUUUAAAGAGGUCCAAAAACAAAAAAAUGUUUGCCAAAUAACAGAAAGUAUGAAGUCUAGAAUAUUUUUUUCAUUUAACAUUUUUAUUGAAGCAAUUACAGUUCAGCAUUCAAACGCUUCAUUUUUCUAUAUUUACGCAAUCUGAGGCGCGACUAAUACACAGGAGAAAUGCACGUACAGGGCGCGUGAUGCUGCCCGUGGAAUCGCAGCUCGAGCGCGGCGCGAGCCACUCCAGCGCAGCGGCGCGUGGCCGCAGCGCAGCAUGCACGUUCUUUACGCAUCAUGCACGCGUGUAAAGAAAUAUCUCCUUGUUGACUUUGUGCGAUACGGUUCUUUUCUGGUUCCCUGGAAGGACUGGCUUUUUCAGCGCCGAAUUAACACCAGCCGCCUUCGCUCUUCCACUUCUAACAAAUCAAGUUUUACUGUGUUAGUCUCGCGAAUUUAGGUGAAAUACUGCCACCUAUUGGACAUACGUGUCCUGCGGCAGCUGAGUGUGGCACCAAGUUAUGAAGAGAAACUUACUAAAACCGUAAAGACUUGUUUCAACAGUUAAUGUACUUUUAAUCCGUUCUGAGAUUACUGGGCCACAGAGGACGAUGGCGCUUUCGAAUAUUACAAAAGUAAUCCUUUUAAACAGAAUCAAAGGUUCUCCAAGGAAAUAGACAGCUCAUAUCCAAAUUAUUUAACUCCAAAUAACUCCACAUCCAGUUAAGUAAUAUUAAACUCCCUAAAUAAUUUUGUCCCGUUUAACUUCAUUUCCGAGUGUUACUUGUUUCAUCUUAGAGCAUUUCGGGCUAGUCAAAGUUAAGCGCAAUGCGCCUGAUCCAUCUUCAUAUUCCAUUCCCAAUAUUUCAUUUUUUCAGACUACAACGUCAUCCAUCUCUCUACGUCUCUGUAUAUCUGUGUGUGUGUGUGUGUGUGUGUGUGCGCGCGCGCGCGCGCUCGUGUGUGCGUGUGUGUUUGAUAUAUUAUCUAUGUGUUUCACUGCAUCUGUUGUUCUUUAGUUUGUACGUCUCAUCUAAAACAGUGAUCGACUGUUUUGCAUUGCCCCCCUCCCAUGAUAGGAUUCUGGCCCCCACAAACCCAUCCACAGACCACUAACUGGUAGUUCUCCCUCUACCUCUGAGUAAUCAUUGGAAAAAGCAGAUAGACAUCACUGCCGAGCAAAUAAAUGAAGAACAGAGCUAAAGCACUCAGCUGUGAGAGCUGCGCUUGUUUAACAAACCUGCAAGCCCACUGAGAUUUCCUGGCAAAGUCUGAGAAAGCCGACCUUGAUGGCUGGUUUAAACAGCAGCCGCCGUAAUGUGUUGAUUACAACAGAACCUGCUGGUUCCACAAUCCAGUAAAGAGUAUUAUUUCUUAAUAAUACAGCCAACAGUACUGCUUUUCAGUCACAAAUAAACUCAUUAAGGAGCAUGAGGAUUCCACCUUUUGACUGAUGAUGCCUAUGAAAUACCUGUAAAGCAUCCAGAUCGCUUCAAUAGUGCCAAACCUGUUCCCAUAACCCAAAGCCUGACAUAGUGACACUCAGGCAAACGUGAGGGAGACCCCGCGAUUUGGUGCUAACUUUAAAAUGCAGGCUUUUGUAGCUCUCCGGGUGCUGUGAAGGAAAUGCGGCUUAUCUCAGUGGGCAGAAGUUCCAUUUUGAGGCGAAUGUUCUGUGAGCCUGUAACCCCUCUCAUGUCAUAUUUCUUCCAAAAUAACGAAAAGCACAGACCAAAGCAUCUCCGAAUGGCUGCAGAUCUCACCAAUGAGCAGUUUCGACAUGCCACGGGCAAGCCUGAGAGCUGGAGGCUCCGUACCAACCAUGUGUAAACCAAAGUAUCUAAAAUAGACGAAUUUGCUCGAAGCACAAAAAUGCCAAUGCAUGAAAGCGCGGAGAUCGACAGCUAGCUACCGUUUCAGCUUUUUCCAUUUAAGCAUUUCAAACGCAUAAUUACCUGUUUACUCCAAUCAUUCGCAGAAUAUUACAGCUUCUUAUUUAGGAAUGUGAAAAUGUAGUAAUUACAUAAGAACCGCAGGGGUAAAUGCUUCAAUAUGUCGUUUAUUUGUAUGACCAGACAGAAGUCAGCACCCUGAGCUUUAAUCAGACAUUUGAAGCGUAAAUAUGGGAGGAAUAUUAUCAAACCAACAGGAGCAGCACUAAAACCUCGCAUUCCAUUGAAUUUGGAAAGUUAGGCUAUUUUCAGAUGAUGCUACUAUUUUCUUAUUCUCUAUAUGUCUAGCCGUGCUUGGUGUCUGCCUGUGGAUGAAACUUGAGGCAUGAUUCUUUGGAUUGUAUUUGUUUAUUUACAUAACCUCAACAAAUCUAACCAAAAAAAAAAAACAACUAUAUGUAACUUUUAGGUUUCUCUGUUUUUAUCACCGAUAUUCCCACAAUAUUUCUAUCUAUGAAGACUUUCUGUCUGUGAAUCGUAUGGAAUUCUGUCAGGGGGUUCGUUCUGGGGGUCUCGAUCCCUUUGCAGCAGCAUCAGAAAGGGAUGCUAGUGUGGAGUACUACUGGAUGAAACACAUGCUUGUCACAGCUGAAGUGGAAAGAAAGAGAGAUUUUGACAUUGUUGUAUAUGUCCAAAAACACUCCGAUCAUAUCAGCGAAUAAUUCUGGGUUAUGGUUUCAGGCGUUGCUGUGAACUACUCGGCAAAAAAAAACAAUUCUCCUGUUUCCACUGCAGGAACUGUCCUCAUGCAGUUGCAUAUACGAACAGGUGUUUUUGAUUAUUCAGACAUGGAUAUGGUCAUUUGGGAGUAUAGUCAAAAGGAUUUCUGCUUUAACGCUUCUGAAAUUUGCAACAAGGAGAGCCGUCGGCUGCUGUAAAUAUAUUUGAAUGUUCGUUUCAUUAACAGGUGCGGGGGCUCCAACUCAUUCCUGCGUUGGCAAAGAAAACCCGUCUGUCACAUUCUUUUAAGCUUUUUAAAACAUGGUCUAUGAAGGAGAUGUUCCAUUAUGCGUAUAACGUGCGGAGACAUAAGCUUCUCUGACACAGUUUUUAUUAACCUAGAAAAACGAACUGGUUUACAUUGCCUGUGUGAUUCUUCAGCUGUUUCGGUAAAAAAAAAAUAGUUUGUACUGUAAACCUGGCAAAGCUUAACUGCUGGAAAGGUCUUUGGAAAGAUGGGUACAGCUUGUAUUCUCAAAGCCAUUGUAGGGACUCUCUUUUUUAAAUAAACGCUUUAGACAAAUGAAGAUUUGAUUUGAUAUGUGUAGAGAAUCAUAAUAUGCUGUUUCGUGCAAUACAUUAUUACAGAAAAAAGUACGUUUCUGUAGGAAGGUUGGUGUGUUGAAGAAAAUGUAAUUUUCUGUUCCUCUUUAAGAGUCCUGUGAUCAUGCUCUAAGAAAAGCAAACUGUGCCAGGAGAAUUGUAUUUUCAUUUUAAUUUAUUUCUUGCAUGCGUCCCCUUUCGCUGUUUCCCUCUAAUCGUGCGCUACGUCGGACAUGUGAAGCUGUAAACAUUCUAAUUCAGGUUAUUGUCUGUGUUGAACUAUGUAUCUGUGUAAUUAAAAAAGAAAAUUGAAUAUGA